UCGCUCCGCGCCAUCCAAACUAAACCCUUAACUCUUUAAGGGGAGGUGCGCGUCCACCACUUCCUCUUCACAACAGCAACAGCAACCAUCGACAACAGCUGCAAUAAUAACAAAACAAAGCAAACCUGUGUCGGGGGAGAAAGCCCGAUCGAGUCGAGGCAACAACAUCUACAAGAAGAAGAGCCCUUUGACGCUUACCAUACGGUAGUCCAGGCAGCUAGUAGUAGGAGAGCACCACAGCCACUAAAGAGGAAUCAAAGUUUUCUUUGAGAGCGAUACAACAAGGAAUCCAGUAGCAAUCGAAUCAAGAUGGAGGGUGAUGACAAUAGUAAGGGCAUGAUGGACAACGAUGAAGUCAGUAUCAAGGAAGAGGAGGUGGCUCUAAUGGACGCAGAGGACAAUAGUGGUCGCAAGCUUGACAUGAACAACAGCAACACGUCCUUGGACAAGUACGUUGGAAAAGGGAGGAACUCCAAGUACAUGACUCUUCUUCCAGAGGACUUCGAACCUGGCGACAUGGAUGUUCUGUGUGGUAGAGGAAAGCGUUGUUUCAAUAGCCCAGGAAAUCAACGCUUUCGAAAGCUUGUGGCUGCUCGUGCGGAGGAUUACGCCGCAGCUACGACUCGAACGGACAAGACCUUCAUUGUCUGUUCCAUUGUCUCUGAAAUUCGCAAGGCCAGUCCCAAAGGAGGGUUUGUCAAGAAGGAUUCGACGACAGGACGCUGGUACGAAGUGGGGGACUUUAACGCUCACGAAAAGACGUCUCAGAUGUUCCGUGACGUCCUGCAUGAGAAUUACUUGUCUUCCAACAAGUCAAAGAAGAAGCGUCGAGACUUAUUUCGAACAAAUUCCAAGAGGCGUGCCAUUAUGCAGCAGCAACAAGCUGCCAAGACAAUCAAUGCCUCGGCAGGACGAUUCAUCAGAGGAAAUGGAGUUGCUAGGCAUCACUCUUAUGGAUCUGUCAAGCGAGCUCACCAACAAUACAACCUGAUGAACAUGAGGCAGUCCAGCGGUCAGAGUGUACACAGCGGGCAUGAAUCCUGGCAGAAUUCAUGGCAAUCAGGGGACGGUAUAAAUUCAGAGCCUGGGAUUAUGCUGUCGAAUAAUCCACGGGUGGCUUUUGCAGGAAGACGCCAAAAUUCUUUGGGAGACCUUCAGAUGGGAGCAGAAUUCAACAACUCCUUUGGAGAAGUCCAGCCACAGGACUUUCACAACUCCUUUGGAGAGUUCAACACGGACAUUGUGAACUCGGGAGGAGGAAUGAACCAAAUUGGCCACAACUCGUGCGUGGAAUUCCCAAGCUCCUUUGUGGAAAACCCCAAGAACAACGUUACGGCACAAGAUUUCCACAAUUCUUUCGGUGGAUUCAACACCAACAACGGAGAAUUCAAUAUCAAUCAAGACGACCUUCACAAUUCCUUUGGGGAGCUUCCGUUGCGAAACAAGUCACCCUUUGGAAACAACAACAAUGGGGGAUACCGUAAUGGAAACAACUUCAGUCCCAACCCCGAGCUGGAACCCCAGUACGCACUCGCACCCGAUUCCGUUCCUCUAUCCAUUUCGGUCCCAGAAGGUACCCGCAGUGGCAAUAACGAAAUGCAAACGGAGCAACAACAGUUUCAGUUGGAGUUUGAAACCGACGAAAAUUCUGGCAGCCACAAUCGUUCACGAGGUAGAGUUCCGUUGCCGGUAUCUAGCGGUCAUCCUGGAAUUUCGCAACCUCCAAGAGAAAUGGGUGACUUGAGCCUCUUGGAUGCCUUGGAAGGAGCAUAUAAUACGAAUCAGCCCAACGUCGACGACAAUCCCUUUGAACCUGUUCCCCUCCCCAAUGUACAUCCAGGCGGCGUGUAUCAGGCGUAAGGUGCUCGCCAGAACCAGUCAAAGAAGUACCAAACGACAGACCAAUCUUCAAUGAGCCGGCGCGGCUUGCUAUCAUGGGUAUUCUUCAUAACUGUUACUGGACGACUCCCUUGGACGGGCAGACAACUCAAUGAGUUAGCUUGGGUCUACGCGGAGUCCGUCAGCAGAACCGAGGCACUGUGAUAAAGGUCUUGUGUCACGGGUUUUUGCAACUGGACGAACAGCGGGAAAUAAUUUCGGGGGUGGAAUACUCGUACUCUUGGCAUCAAAUUGUUCAAUAAUAAUAGAUUUGCAUCGAAGAU